AUGGACUCACCUCGAGCUUAUGAUCUAUUCAUUGUACCUGAUCAAUACAUAAUUUCCAAUGUAAGCUCAACUACUAAGGAACGUCCAAUAGUGAUUGAUCGUGUAACGGGCGCAGUUUCUCUCUCAGACCAUCCAAUGUCUCACUACGAAACUCUGAUGCCAAGGGCAAGCAAAAUAUAUGGAAUCCUUGGCACGAUACAACUUCUCUCCGGUCGAUUUUUGAUGACCAUCGAUCAGUGUGUAUUGAUAGGGAACCUUUUUGGUCACCAAAUCUUCAAAGUGAAGAGAGCAUCUAUUCAUCCAUUCGCGAAGUCCAAUAAUCACCUCAACGCAGUAGAAAUGGAAGCUGAAACGGCCUACUUGAAUAUGCUUACCUUCAUGUUAAAUAUGGAUGGCAUGUACUUCUCAAGUACAUAUGAUUUAACUGUAUCCCAGCAACGUCUGUCAGAAUUUGGCCCGGAAUACAGACACAUGAAUCUCUAUGAACGGGCUGAGAAACAGUUCCUUUGGAACCACUAUCUUCUCGAAGACUGGUCCCAAAUUCUCAAGGGUGUUGCCAAAGCUAGUGAAAUUUCCUUUAGCCUCCAGAAUUACCUCACGCCCGUCAUCCUCGGUUUCGUUGAAAUCGUCAAGGCCUCUAAUUCCCUGACAACCACAGGAGCUGUAGCAAGCUACGCUCUCAUUUCUCGUCGUUCUAUCAAGCGUGCUGGCACCCGGUUUUUUGCUCGAGGUGUAGACCACAAUGGCAACUCGGCUAACUUUGUUGAAACGGAGCAGAUUGUGUAUAUUCCCCCAGGGCAUAUCUUCUCUUUUGUCCAAAUUCGAGGCAGCGUUCCGCUGUACUGGAAUCAAACACCUUCGCUGAAGUACAAACCUGCUGUUAGGUUGGGUACACCCAGCGCCAUCGCUAAUGGUGUCAAUCCGGAGUAUGAACCACAGAGCCUGAUUGAUGUUCAACCGGAACAGAGGACUAUUAUACAGAAGCACUUUAAUGAUGUGUGUUACUUGAAUCGUUAUGGGAAGGUGGUGGCUGUCAAUCUGCUUGAUCAAAAGGGAAUGGAAAAACCUCUAUGUCGCAUGUAUACCUUGGCAUCUCAGGCCGUUAAUCCAUUGGAAUUGUCGUACCAGGCCUUUGAUUUUCACAAGGAGUGUCGAGCACUGAGAUGGGAUCGACUUCAGAUCCUUAUUGAUCGAUUAGAACCAGAAUUGACUGCUAUGGGUCAGUUGCACUUGGGAGCACCAACCAACCGCGAGAGUCUCCAAGACGCUUCUGUACUAUCUCAACAGAAUGGUGUCUUCCGUACCAAUUGCAUUGACUGCUUGGAUCGAACCAAUGUUCUUCAGUCAAUGUUAGCACGUCGGGCUCUAGUUGCCGCCCUUCGUGAGGUUUCUGGUGAUAAUUCGCCGGAUCCAGAACUAUGGCCCGGUUUCAGAACUGUCUUUAAAAAUCUAUGGGCAGAUCAUGCUGAUGCCAUUUCAAUUCAGUACUCAGGAACACCGGCUCUUAAGACGGACUUCACUCGAACGGGCAAGUGCAAGCGUACAAUUAAGGGCGCAUUAAUGGACGGCUAUAACUCCGCUGUUCGCUACUACCUCAAUAACUUUGUUGAUGGAUUUCGACAAGACGCCUUCAAUCUCUUCCUCGGGCAUUACAGGGUUUUCAGUGAGACGGACGGACGUGCUAAACUCCCCCUACCAAUUGCCAAACCAAAAAGUGAUGCACAGGCCAUUAGAAAGAGUUUCCUCCCAAUGUUCUUUGCCUUCUCAACUGCAAUGUCUGUUCUUUGUCUUUUCUUCCCUUCUGUUGAUGCGUUUGACCGUUUUUUGUAUUUCGGUCUUUGGGGUCUGGCCUCUUUCUUUUCUGCUGCCACCAUUAGGACUUAUGGAGAAGAAUUUGUGAACAAGCCCAUGUUCCCCAUUGAGUAA